UGUUUAUGUGCAGUGUAUAUUAGACCCUCUAUUCAGGUGAGAGCUUUCAAUGCCUGUGUCACAGUCUUGUACUGUGGCUAUGUUAGCGUGCAGCACUGUGAUAGACCUGGUCUUAACGGACCCGAAAUGGGCAAGACAAUUGAAGGAACUAGCAAACAGUCGGAGUAAUCGUUCAAACAAUGAAGUCUGCAGUGAUAAGGAACAGUUUGAUAUGUUUGUGCUACUUUACAGUCUACACCGGAGUUGUCUGUGCCUUGGGUGAUAGAUCUUUACUGUCUGUUGAAUUAGACAACAAUGGGGCAGACAUCUAUUUUAUAGCCAACGGAUCCAAGGCUUUGACAGUAGAGCCCAGGAUGGAUGUCACAUUCUAUUGUUAUAUACCAGGUACGACAUCGGUUAGAGCUGUGGUCACUGGUAACGGUUAUGGGAAUUUUGAGGCUCACUAUUUCAACCAAGAUUCUGUCCAGUUUACACUCUCAGAUGUCACUUGUAAAGACGGAGGUCAGUACACAUGCCGGACUUUGGAUGAAGCAAAUGAUCAAAGACAGGCAACGGUCAAUGUCAGCGUCAAAUGUGCUCCAGCCUUGAAAUACCCGCUCCCCCCUGAGCAGAUACAGUUCAUACAAACGUCACCCAAUAUUAACACCGACAUGGCGUUCGACGUCUUCGGAUUUCCAGAUGUCAAUCAGUUCGAGUUGCUUUAUCAGCAGAAUACCUCUUGGUGGGUAGUGGGCGGAGACAAGUACAGCGCCACCUACGUGUCCGGAGGGUUAUCGUCCGGUUGGGUGUUUCUGGUCAUCUAUGACCUCAACUAUGAGAACACCACAAAUUAUAAGUUCAUUAUGACGAACUCUGUGGGCAGCUUGGAGCACAGAAUUCGUGUGGUCAAGUCAUUUCCUAAAGAAAUUCCAAGUUCUGAUGACAUUUGGCUGUGGGUAGGUCUUGGAAUCUGUUGCGGGAUAAUCGUGGUUCUGGUUUCCGUCACCUGCGUCAUAUUCAUCAGAGGCAAAUCUCGCGGUGACCUGAGGUCAGAGCUCACGAUGAGCGGUGAGAAUAAUUUUGACCUCAAGAAGCCGGAUAAGGUGUUUAAUGGACAAAUGUUGGACACCUACAGACCCACCCACACGGAAAUGAUGACAGUUCUUUGAGUAGAUCUAGACACAAUGUUGUAGAAGAGAUAUUUGACUUUAAGCUGUAAAUCAUGUAAAUAAAUAAAUUACAAACUUAA